CGCUGACGACAACCCAUUUGCUACAUUGAUUCAAUCAUUCCGCCCUCUUUCGCUUUCCCAAUAUCUCUCCCUCUCUCUAUCUCUCUCUCUCUCUCUCUCUCUCUCUCUCUCUCUCUCUCUCUCUCUCUCUCUCUCUCUCUCUCUCUCCCGAUCUCUCUCAUCAUGAUCGAACCCUCGCUCCGCUUGCGCCGCGCCAUCACGGCCGACGACGCCCUCCUCGUCAAGCGAAUCCUCAAAUCCCACCCGCGCCUCCUCCACAACCCCGACAGCUCCCCCGAUGGCCUCUCCAACUCGAACCUCCACCUCGCCGCCUCCCUCGGCCACCUCCAAAUCUGCCGCCUCCUCGUCGACCUCGGCCACGAGGAUCCCGACCCCGCCCUCAACGAGCAUCACCAGACCGCCCUGAUGCUCGCCGCCGCCGCCGGCCAUACCGAAGUCGUUCACUUCCUCUGCGAACGCGCCCCCGACGUCAUCCUCCGCCGCGACAUCCGCUGGCGCGACGCCAUCAUGGAGGCCAGCCGCGGCGGCCACGAUACCGUCUUGCAGAUCCUGCUGACCUACGUGCCCCGCGGCGCCCAGGACGCCGUCCGCUGCACCGACCUCGACGGCAACACCGCCUUGCACUUCGCCAGCAGCAACGGCAACCUGCUCGUCCUCCGCACUCUCCUCGCCGCCGGCGCCGACCCCGAGCGCCGCAACGUCUGGAACUGGACCGCCAUGUCCUACAGCGCCACCGUCCAGGCCGAGGUCUACCUCAAGGGCCUCGUCACCGAGGUCGAGCGCCGCAAGCUGAUCCGACACGAGGUCGAGCAGUUGAAGAACACGGCCAAGAGCGCCGCCACCGCAAAGGCCGCCGGCGUCCGCGUCGUCGAACAGGACGUUGACGUCGACGACUGAAGGGACGAUGCCCCGCGAAUCGAUAUGCCAACACUGCAGAGGACAUCUGCAUUAGUCAUGGCGUCGAGUUUCGGAAACAGCAUUACGAUACCCGAUGGCAGAGACAUUUAGUUCACCGUUUCAAAGCGUUUACAAACAUCUACAAUAACCGCCGACACCGCAGUCUACAGGGCACAUAACAGAUGUGCUGGGGGAGCUGGGAGCCCCAGACCCCGGACGAACGCUGACAACCAAACG